UGGCCCUCCAGGUGCCCGGCUCCGCGUGCGGGCACUGCGGCUCUGGACAGCUGCAGGGGAGGACCAGUACAGAAUGAAAAUGCAGCUCCUGGGGUUGGUGUUCUGUUUGGUCCUUGGGACCUUGCAGUGUGAGGCGUUCAAAGGGAAGCUGGCAGCUGUGGAUCCCGAAACAAAUAUGAAUGUGACUGAAAUUAUCUCUUACUGGGGAUUCCCUAGUGAGGAACACUACGUUGAGACAAAAGACGGCUAUAUUCUCUGCCUUCACCGAAUCCCUCAUGGGAGGAAGAAUCGUGCUGACAAAGGUCCUAAGCCAGUUGUGUUCCUGCAGCAUGGCCUGCUGGCCGAUUCCAGUAACUGGGUCACAAACCUUCCCAACAACAGCCUGGGCUUCUUCCUGGCGGACACAGGUUUUGACGUGUGGAUGGGGAACAGCAGGGGAAACACCUGGUCUCGGAGACACAAGACUUUAUCCCCUUCUCAGGACGAAUUCUGGGCUUUCAGUUAUGAUGAGAUGGCAAAUUAUGACCUAUCAGCUUCCAUUAACUUCAUUCUGAAUAAAACUGGCCAAGAACAAGUGUAUUACGUGGGUCAUUCUCNNNGUGUUUCUCCAGGUUUUAUAGCAUUUUCACGGAUUCCAGAGCUGGCCAGAAAGAUUAAAAUGUUUCUUGCCCUGGCUCCUGUGGCUUCACUCAAGUUCGCUACUAGCCCUCUAAAUAAAUUAGGAGACUUUCCAGAUUUUCUCUUCAAGGACAUAUUUGGAGUCAAACAAUUUCUUCCCCAAAAUGCGGUUUUGAAGUGGCUGAGCACAAAUGUUUGCAGUCGUGUCAUUCUGAAGGAACUCUGUGGAAAUGCUCUUUUUGUUCUAUGUGGAUUUAAUGAGAGAAACUUAAACAUGUCUAGAGUGUCGGUGUAUAUAACACACUCUCCUGCUGGAACUUCUGUGCAAAACAUAUUACACUGGAGCCAGGUUGUUAAAUACCAUAAGUUUCAAGCCUUUGACUGGGGAAGCCACGCCAAGAAUUAUUUCCAUUACAAUCAGACUUACCCUCCACUUUACAACGUGAGAGACAUGCUUGUGCCCACCGCCGUCUGGAGCGGGGGUCAGGACCUGCUGGCGGACGUCAACGACGUCAGCAUAUUGUUGCCCCAGAUCACCAACUUGGUGUACAACAAGCUCAUCCCCAAAUGGGAGCAUCUGGACUUCAUCUGGGGCUUGGACGCCCCCUGGCGGCUGUAUGACGACAUGGUGAAGCUGAUGUCGAAACACCUGUGAGCCGCGCCGGCCAAGUUCACCGUCAUGAUGCCGGGGAUCAGGCAGGACACCCGUAUUCACCCGCUUUCCGCAUUGCGCCGUUCCCGUGCAACGCUGACAGAUGGAUGGAAUGACAGUUGACGUGCUCUUCUGACACACCUUCUUCAGCUGCAGUAAUAAAGGAUAUUUUACUGAUACUUACUUAUUCUGCACUGAUAGAUGCGGACAGCAUCCUACUACUUUGUAACACUUAAAAAGCCUUGAACUUUUCGAUAAAACUGAGUAGCCUUGC